AAUUGUAAGUGUAGAAACCAAUUAACUCACACCGAGCUGCUCUUCAUUGCUCUUUCCGCGGGACGCCAAAUUUGCUGACCAAACCAGACCAAAUUUUGAAUCAAAUCUUUAUUAUAUUGAUUGAUUGACAAGUGAAAAAUGGGCAAGGAAAAUGAAUCGGACGGUGCGAAAAAAAGGAGGAAGUCCGUGAAUACGAAUAGCGGAACGUCGAUAAAGGAAGGAGAUUUGUACAAGACAAUAAUCAGUUACGAAGAAAAGGAAGCUAUUGAGAGAUCAUCAGAAGAUGAUUCCGAAUGCUUUUUGGCAACCUGUAAUGAUAUUCGAGCAGCAAUGGCUAAAAUAGCUAAGUUGAAGUCUAGUGGUGGUGAUUCAAAUAAAGAUGAGAUUCGUGAGCUACAAAUUCAAACAUCUCUGGCUUUCAUAGAACUGAAGAAGCUAAAUCGCAUGGAAAAAUUUCGUACAAAAUCUGCACGUGACUCGCUAGUGGCUGCAAAAAGUAGUGUAGACAGCAAACAUCUUCAUUUGCAGAAUCUAUUAUAUGAAGUCAUGCAUCUGAAGAAAGAAGUUAUUAAAUGCCUUCAGUUCAAAUCCAAAGAUGAAUUAAUAGAACUUGUUUCGGAAGAGGAAUUUUUUAAAGAAGCUCCAGAAAAUAUUUUACGACCUGAAAUAACAAAGAAUAAUCCUCAUCAAUUAAGACUGGCUCGUUUGGAGUGGGAAUUGACACAACGAAAGCAAUUGGCAGCCCUGUGUGAUGAAUUGACAGAGAGUAAAAAGGCAGUAGCAUCCAAUAUUGAAACGAAACAGACUCGCUUAGAUAAUCUUGCACCGCAAUUGCGUUCUAUAUUGGAAGCGAGUAAACCAUUACAAGAAAGUCUUGGAUUGCCAUUGGACAAAAUUCGUCAGGAGCAUCAAAAGGCUUCGUUGCUCGCAUCACCACUCUACGUAUUGUAUGCAAAGGCGUCUGCUUACAGGGAUGCUUAUGAUAGUACAUUAUUGGUCAAAGUGGAAGGUGACGAGGACGAAGCGAAACGUGCGAACAAUCAUGAUGGUUUACAAGAAUCUGACUCGGAUCCUGAGAAUCAAUCGGAAAAUAUUGUGGAAGAGAUGCCAGUGCAUAAAAAAAGACAUCACAGAUUAUCUCGGGAGGCCAGACAAGAAGAAAAGCGUUCCAAACUAUUGCAGCGACAUCCGUUGCAUGUAAAAAUAGUUAUUACAUUAAAAAAUGAGACAAGGCUAACUCUUCAUUUUUAUUACAUGAUACAUUUAAAAGUCGUUACGGUAGAGUCAAAACUCGAAACGGAAGACUUAGGAGGUAUUAGCGCUGGAGAUAUGCUAGUAUCCGAAUCGGUUCUUCGCGAAUUGUACCCGCGGGAUUUAGGAUUAGAAAGUCCGAAUCCUGCCAAUCAGUAUCAACUGUCGCGACAUAACUUGGGACCGUUUUCGUCUCUGGGACUGGGCAUUCCCUACAAAUGGGCACAAAGAAUGGCUGGUCUACACUUUGUUUCAUGUGACACGAACGAACCACAACAAAAGCUUACGAGUCAUGAAUUGGCACAAGACUGUGUAGAGAAUGUGUUAAAAGAAAUUAAACGGCGUAUAAAAGCGAGGUUGGACUUGUGUAUGGAAAUACGACAAUUAGAGUCCGGUAAUUUGCCAAUUUUUAUCAGUACAACGGAUCCCUUACCGCAGAAGAUCUCAACGUCGUUGCAUCGAUUUACGACUAUGACCUGGAAAAAUUACUCCAAUUAUGUGGCUUCACCAGAAUUUUAUCAACGGGGAUUAGUGUUGUCUGUUGAUAUCUUUUAUGAAGCUGUACUUCGUCGUGGCAGUAGCGAGCUCAUAGCCAGAAUCGCUAUCAAGCCAGAUUACCCAAAGAUAGCACCGGUUUUUAAUAUAAGCGUCAGUCCAUCAGUGCCAGCAUCCGCCGAUAUCAUCAGAGACAUCGAAAGGGAAGUCAAUGUAAUGUGGACCAAGUCCCCAACAUUGACGGCGCAAAUACAACGAUUGAGAGCAUGUUUCGACAUCUACUUAGAGACUGAGAGUAUGGUGCCAAAGGAAAAAAUAUUUUUCCAUCCUGUAAGAGGACGGACUCGUGCUCGACCAUACAAAUAUCUACCUUUGGGAGGAGGUAUAUUUACUCAUCGUUGAAUAAACGUAUGAAUGUCAUCCAAAGUAUGUUUUUUUCACAUUUUUCUUUAUUAGUUUAUAAGUACUUAUAGGAGAUAUAGAAUAUUGUUUUAUAAAAUUAUAUUUUUAACUUUCUUGAAAGAAAUUAUAUCUUAAGUAAAAAAUAUUAAAAUCUUAAUUUACUUAAGGGAAUGCUAAAGUUCCUGUCAAACUUGAUCGGUUGAUGACGUAGCGUUAUUCGUUAUGCAUAUCAUUAAUAAGAUUUCGUAUGUAUUUCAUUUGGAAAUCCUUUUCUAGAAUUAAAGUACAUUUAUUAAUAUCAAUCUAUAAAUUGGACUCUUUACCGAAAAUGAAAAAAAUUUAAUUCUGUAAAAAACUUUUGCAAUUCUAUAAGCCCAUUAAAAAGUUUAUUUAAAAAAUAUCGGUAAAACAGACUUUAGGAUUCCCUUAAUAAUAUUAAGUAAAAAUUCAAUUUUUAUUUUAGAAGAAAUCAAGUAAAAAGUUAGAAACUUUUAAGCAAAACAUGUAAAUAUUUUAAAUUACAUAUUUUAAAAAGAUA